AAAGGCAAUAGAGAAGGUAUCGAGGAAAAGCCUAAAUAUUCAAAUUGCGGCGAGAGUUGGAAGGAUGAUGAGCGAUCAUGGGGGGAGGAAGGUUUGGGGGAAAACCAAACGCAAUAGAGAAGAUUUGGAGGAAAACCCUAAUAUUCCAAUUGCGGCAAGAGUUGGAAGGAUGAUGAAGAAGGUUUCGAUAACAUCAGAAGAAGAAGAAGCAGUAGGGCCGCAGCAACAGUUUCUGACGAUGAACGGCAAGGUCUACUCUCUUAGGUACCAAGACGAUUUUGUUGAUGCAUCGGUAAAGGAGGUAGAUUUGCUCAAUGAGUUGGAGGUAUCAAAGCUAUAUCACUGCGAUGGGUUGGUGUUAUGCGUGGCUAAGGACAACUCGGAGCUUGUGUUGUGGAACCCUUACCUGUGUCAAACAAGGUGGAUCGGACCGAGAGAAAGUUUCCACCUAUCAGACAGGCACGCGGUCGGAUACGACGAGGGGCGCAACCACAAAAUCCUGAGGUUUUGGGAUAAUUUCAUUAGAAACAUGAAGAGAAUCGAGGUGGUGUACGAAAUCUAUGAAAUUAGGUCUAAUUCAUGGAGGGUCCUUGAGGAGGUUAAUCACGAGGGGUUGAUAGAUACACAUCAGCGUGGCGUGUCUGUCAAGGGAAACACCUACUUUGUUGCUAAUCAUUAUGGCCUGGCUCACAAAGUUUCCUUAAUCUGUUUUGAUUUUACCAAAGAGAGGUUUGGACCGCGCCUGCCUCUUCCUUUUGACUCGUUCGAUGGUUUCAAUGGUGACCUUGUAACCCUCUCAAGCUUCUUUAGAGGUGGUGGUGAUGAUGAGCAGCUUGCGGUCCUGUUUGGUGGUUAUGAAUCUGGCUUUUUUGAGUUUUGGGUUACCCUUACUGUCCACCCCAACCGUGCCUCCUGGAGCAAAUUUUUGCGAAUGGAACCGGGCCCCUUCUCCGGCUACGGUUUUAAGCUCUACUCCUCAUUUUCUGGUGGGAGCUUCUUUGUCGAUGAGGAAAACAAAUUUGCUGUCUUGUUUGAACUAUACGGAUCCAAGACCAAGACUGUUCACGCCGCUUUUGUCUUUGGACAAGACGGCUUCUUCAAAUCCUCCGUCAACCUCGGACAAGCUCUCAUACUCGAACACCACCACCAUAAAGCUGCUCGUCCCCCACUUGUUUGCUCUUAUCGCCCAAGCUUUGUGCAAGUCAAGGAAAAUGAAAGACUUGUCUCUUCUUCACAUCAGCAAACCCAUGUAAUGUUUGAUUUUCACAAUUUUACAGGUUAAAUUGAGGAAGUUAGUCUGAGCUGUGGAGGGAGGUCUUUGCUUUUUUUUGUUUUAUCUAUGUAAUCUCUUUUUUAUCUUUUGUCUCGGGACUGUUUUAUCGAGCUCUCACUUGUCAGACUUGUUUCUAAGACCUUUUAUUUUAUGCUUAUGUUUUCGACAUUA